UGUGGAAGGUGGACAGCCGCCGUGGACCGGUGCCGGGCUGACCGAUACGGAAGGUGGACAGUGCCGCUCCGAUCGACGCUGUGGAAAUGGACGGGUGGAGGUGGGCAGUGGAGAGUCAGUGACAGUGUGUGGACCGUACAGGCACGCGAUCCGGCACGCUCGACUAACGCUGAACGCGCCGCCAGUGAAAGAGACUGAACCACACAGAUCACACGGAUUGCGGCCUUCCGCACGGUCCAGUGGGAGCUGUAAGACCCAAGAGACGGAUCCCGAGGGACCAGGGGGACCGCGGGGUGACGGCCGAUAGACUGGUUCACACCAGUGAAUCCUAACGCGAGCCCGACGGCACGGCGAUCGAAAACUGCGGCUCUGUCGCGAGUGGCGACACAACGGGCGAGUGUUUCUCGACACGAGGCAAAUAUCCAGCGCGCAAUUAAUCACUGAGGACCGGAUUACGAGUGACUCCGGGAACUGACGGCCGAUUCGGUCUGACUUCCCGUGAGAAUUACCGCGACAGCCCAUUCCAGCGCCGCUGGAAGUCGAUUUAAGGCGAAUCACCUUCGAUCGUCGGGAUUAUGAACAGCGGAUUAGCAGGUCUAUAAAAGAUUCUCGCAGAAUGCGGGCGGGUGCCUAAUUAUAACUACAUUGCAGAUCUUCUUGAGCAAUAGCUAACGUGACUGGUCGGUGGCUAAUCUUAUUUUGUUUUAAUUCAUAAUUUUGUACAGCGCCCAACAGCAAAAAAAAAAAAAAAAUCCCGUCGAAGAAAGCCAUACUGAACGCCACUAAACAUUGUGUAACACCACGCAUAUCAUCGAGUUUUCAUCAGACGAUUUUAGAGCUCGUCCCGUUGCUCGUGACCUCGCCUUGGCGAGGCGCACGGUCGCUGACCCGGUGCGUCGGUGGAGAGGUCACCUGUUGGCCGGGUCAGUCGCGGCGCGCCGGUACCGGACCUAAAUCGCCGAUUGCCGGCGAUCUGUCUCCUGUCGGACGGCUGCCGGCGACAUGGAUCUCCAUCUCUCAGUCUGCGCCGUGGCGCUGCUGGCGGCCGCCGGACUGGUGUCUGGACGGACCCUGUUUCCGUACGUGGGCCCUGCUGCGCCACUGACGGUGCACACAACACUACCAUUAUCAUCACCGGCCAACACCACAGUCCUGCGGCUGCGCGCCACCAGCGACACCUAUGUGCUGCCGGACCAACUACAGGUUCCGCAGUUCGCCGUGCGCGGAGACGACGCUGACCUGUUCUGGGUCACGGCCGAAGGAGACGUGCGGCUGGCGCGAGCGCUGGAUUCGGCCGGAGUGCAACCCGGGAUCCGCACGGUGACGGUGGAGGCCGGGUUUCCGUCGGAUCCGCCCGACCAGCGUGCUCGGGUCACCCUGCAGGUCGACCUGGUGACGUCACUGCGCGACUGCAGCGCCGGCACUGCGCAGGAGCUGUGCUGGGGGCCGUGGACGUUCGUUACGGAGCUGCAGUGGUUCAGCGACCUGCCGACUGGCGACCAGCCACCGCUGCUGCUCGACUUUGGCUCUGCUCAGCAGACGGCCUGCACCCAGCCGACAUACCGGUUUGACCUGGCGCCGGUCAGGAACAAAUACUGGACGCCGUCACGUGACUCGCUGACCUCUGGAGGGUCAUGGAUGGAGGUCACCAACGUGACCCGCACUGGCGCCGACCACCGCUUCGUGGUGAAGGUCUCCUGCCGGCUCCCUGACAGCGGAACAGAGCUGCGGAAGAAGCUGACGGUGAACGUGCUGGAUAGAAACGACCACGCGCCGCGGGUGUACCACGAGGGCGAGCACGUGCAUGACGUCUACCUCUGCGGCCAGCUCGAGGUCAAGAAGGGAGAGCGCGUGCAGGCGACGAUGCAGGUGCGGGACGACGACCACCACACCAUCGAGCACUUUGACGUGCGCCUGGAGGGGGACCACGAGCACCUGCUGGAGCUGGCGCCCAACAGCUACUACCUGGAGAAGAACGCCAGGACGCUGCUCUUUGCCUCGCUGGAGUAUCGGCAGCAUGUAAACCUGGCGGAGCGGCUGGGCGCGCAGUUCAACUACUCGGUCAGAGUCGUCUUCAGGGACCGGACUCUGCACCCGGCCUACGGAGAGGACUCGGUGACGAUCACGGUAAACCUGCUGUCCGGGUGUCGGCCAACGGAGCCGCCCCCGCCCCCGCCCGCGCCCGCCGGCGGCGCCGACCCGCCUGGCGACCUCCAGGACGUAUAUGAGGUCACGGUGAGCCGGUGGGCGGCGCGGUUCGCGCGCGUGUUCCAGCCGCCGCCGGCGCUGGCGGCCGCCCUCCGCGGCCAGAGAGCGCACCUGGAGCCCGCAGACCUCGGCUCGCUGUCGGUAACGGCCUCGGGUGGUAUCGUAUACGUCUGGCGGCCGGAGCGGCUGGCGCGGGCCGAAUCGCCGCUGGUUCUCCGACUGGUGGCGUUAUCAGCGCCCCCGGGCGUCGAUACGGACCUGACGUCAUCCAACAACACCGACCGCAACAUCACGCUGCUGUCAGAGGAGGGAGACUUCUCCUCGCCGAGCACAACGGAGGGGAGUGCAACCGAACCGAGCACGGUGCCAUCGGCAGACCCCGGGGCCGCUCCAGCCGAGGGAGCCGCCAGAGUGAACGUCACGAUCCGCGUGUGGCUGGCCGAGAACGGCUCCUGUUCAGCGGAGGCCGUGGACAGCGGCUCACGGACGGCACCGGACGACCCGGAGCCAAUGUGCGCGCGCAGCUCCCGGCUCGAGGACUGCGAGACCAUGUGUGGUGCCGGCGCCAACGGCACGUGCACGUGGCGCCCGCCCGAGGCCAACAAGACGCUGACGCACGAGUACGGCACGUGCAGCUCCGACCUGGCCACGUGUCCGGACGGCACGUGUGACCCACUGGAGCAGCUCUCGGGCCGGAUCUGCCCGCAGGACUGCGCCGAGUACAGCUCGGCGGGCCUGUACCUGCAGCCGGGGCCGGCGGGGCGCGGCGUGGCCUCUGCCCGAGGACUGUGCGUCUGCCACUCGCGGCACCAGUGUGUCUGCGGGCCGGCCGAGCACCUCUACAGCGUGUGGAACGAGACGGCGCCCGUCACCACCGACCGGCCCGAGCAACCGCCGGCGUCUCCCUCGGAGCCCUCCUGCGGCGCCAGUUGCAUCGUCGGCAUCACCCUGGGCCUGGUGCUGCUCCUCACUAUGCUGUUCCUCGCCUUCAUGGUCUACGACGCCAGGUGUAACAGCCUGAAGAAGCUUCAGAAGGACCCGUUCGAGGGUGGCAUUUCGCUGUCACACAUCAACACCAACCCCGGGGGCGACCUGAUGACCUCAGGGGGGUUCUCCAGCACCGCACACCUCCUGGAGGCCCUGCCGGUAGACGCUAAGUGGGAGUUCCCGCGGCAGCGACUAGUGCUGGGCGAACUACUCGGAGAGGGAGAGUUCGGAAAGGUCGUGCUGGGAAGGGCUCUCGGCAUCAACGGAGCAUCAGGCUACACCUCUGUGGCGGUCAAGAUGCUGAAGCCGGCCAGCACGGCGUCUGAGCUGCAGGACCUGCUCUCCGAGUACAGCCUGCUCAAGGAGGUGGACCACCCGAACGUGAUCCGCCUGCUGGGGGCCUGCACGGGGCCCGGCGGGCCGCUCUGUGUCAUCAUCGAGUACGCCGAGCUCGGCUGCCUGCGGACUUACCUGUACAAAAGCCGCAAGGUGUCUCUGAGCUUCCUGAACGCCGACCAAAAAUGUCUGGACAAGCAAUGCUCAGAAAAUAUAUCCGAGAAAGAGACAAAUGUGGAAAAAUCUACAGAAAAAUCUCCCAGGAAGUCUGCGCCCGAGGCGGACUCGGCGGGAAAAGAGCAGCUCAACACGGACGGACCAGGAGGGGGUCAGCCCGAUCAGAAGGCGGCGGAAAAGAGGAGCCCUAUCACCACCAAGGAGCUGAUUGGCUACGCGUGGCAGAUCGCCCGCGGCAUGUCCUACCUCGUCGAGAUGAAGAUGGUCCACCGUGACCUGGCGGCCCGUAACGUGUUGCUGGCGGCCGGCGGAGUGUGCAAAAUCUCCGACUUUGGCCUUACGCGGGACGUGUACGAGGGCAGCCUCUACCAGAAAACCAGCAAGGGGCGCGUGCCCGUGAAGUGGAUGGCAAUUGAGUCUCUGGAGGAGCACAUCUACACCUCCAAAUCGGACGUCUGGAGUUUCGGAGUCCUCCUCUGGGAGCUGGUCACACUCGGAGCCACCCCGUACCCCGGCGUGACGCCGGAGCGGCUCUGCCACCUGCUGAAGUCCGGAUACAGGAUGGACCGACCGCCCAGCUGUACACAGGACAUGUACAGCAUCAUGCGCCAGUGCUGGGAGGAGCUGCCCUCCUCGAGACCGACAUUCUCCGAGCUCACAAUGUGGUUCGACAAGAUGCUCCAGUCGGGCUCCGAGUACCUCGACCUCAGCACGCCCGUGGUCAUCAAUAGGGAGUACUUUGACCUGCUCGGAGAGGGAGACGACACGGACGGCUCGGUGGAUUACGGCAACAUGCACCUCCUCGAGAGUUCAUAUCUGGCGCCGAGCGACAAGCCCGCCCCGCGACCCGCGGCCUCGCCCACCGACCGCGCCGGCGGCCAAUCAGCGGCCUCGCCGCGCGCGGCGCACCAAUCAGCGCCGUCCGGCGGGCCGCUGUCUCCACCAAUAGACGAGUCGGUCUGUCUGACCUACUCCCAGCUGCUGCUGCAGGAGUCGGAAGGGGAGGAGGAGGAGGAGGAGGAGGAGCCCGCGCACACCGGGUCACGUGGCCGUGACGUCACCGACGAGCAGUGCCAGCUGAUGACGGCCGUAGCGUGAUCGCGAUCCGCACGAGACGGGACAUUUGACAAUGAAAUCACCUGGGAGUUGAGACACGAUCAAAUGCGGAGGACUUUUACCGGAGGAUUUUUAAAUGGCUACCGAUUUUGGACUCUCACAAGUCACAAGUGAGGCAGGGGCGUCAAACACGAUGCGAAUCGUGCAAGUUGACCUCGGUUUGAACUCAGAGUCGUUUCUGAGAGGCAGCCCGCCGUAGACGCCACAUUAGACGGGCGGCGGCGGCGGCAUGCCUACAGUCGGCGACUGAUGGCCGUGUUCUAGUCAGCUGGGCUGUACGUUUUCGUGUGCCGGUCGGUGUUGUAUAAUGUAGAUGGUAGUCGGCUGUACUGGCGGCUCAGUGAGCCGUGUACGGGCCGCAGUGUCUGAUUUCAGAACGCUCCGCGGCAGUAGGAAUGUACCCACUGGCGGUGAUAAUGACAACGGAUGGGAAGAAUUGUGAGAUAUCAGAUACUUACCGGAUAUGCUUUGUCCAAUAGCGGCAUUGGCAAUCGACAUAAUCGCCGCUUUUAUUCAAUUCUUACGAAUGAUGGCACUAGGAAGUAAACCCCUUGAGAGAUUGACAUGAAGGCACUCCACUCACUAAUAUGGUCAAUACCACCCAUUACCUACGGGCAUAUAUCAACCAUACCACGGGCUGGAAUCUGGAUAACCUAACAAUAACCAUUUGAAAAUAAUCAACAGUGCGAUCCUCUCAUGGAAGUUGCAGUUUUUAUCAGUGGUCAGUGGUUUCCAUAAAGACAGAUCAAAACAGUCGUAUACGAAUCCGUAAAUAUCCCGUACCGGUAUCCAACAGAGGCACGUCAACAUUUGCUCCAUGUGCCGUGUGCGGGGUGUUUUCAGUAACACAUAUAGCGCGCAGCUAUCACAGUGCACACUGCAAUCGCUCACCCUUUAGGUAGAUUACACGUCCCGACACCCCCUGUGCGCGCCAUACUCUACAUGGGCGGGGGCCACACUGCAGAGCUCCAUAUGAUAGCACCUGCGUACCUCUCUUCGGCUUCCGAUGCCACUGCAUAAUGCAUAUGCGCGUAAUUCUACGCGACUGUGAAAUCUGCGCAGCUAGACGUGUGGGGUUGACUAUGGUGAACAGAAUAAAGGGCGCAAGGAAGGUGAUGUAGUGCAACCAAAAUAAUUUGUAUUUGGCAGUGGAGUCCGCAAACGCAGAUGUUUCAUAGAUGGGAGAUAAUAUUUUCUGACAAAUAGCUAGUCAGACUGCUGUAUUUUAAAUGGGGGGGGGGGGUGCAAUAUUCAGGGUGGUUUAUAUGGAUGUGCGCGGCCAGUAAAGCUCGAUGUGCAUGUGCUUUACGUGUAUGUUUGAUGUCAGGGGUAUAGUACGUUUACUGAUGUGAAAAGUGUAUAUUUUGGCUAACAGUGCUUUAUAUCAAAGGAUGUCGAAUCGAUGUUACAGCUGAGCUCUCGCAACUGGAGCUUUAACUGCUGACAGUACCGUGAGGCCAUGCGCCCUUAGAUACCAAUGUGAUGUGCUUUACAUGCUUUGGUAAGUAACUAGAAUCGCUUAUCCAUGGUUUGAUCUAUACUUCAUUUCAUGCUUAUCUGCAGUAUGUGAAUAAUGUAUGGAAAUAUACCGAGCGAAGCUAUU